UUUACGAUGACAACAACUAUGGCGGCCGCCAGUGGUAGAUUUGAAAGUGCGAAGAGUAUCGAAGAUCAUAAAGAACAGACCCGGAUUGCCAGAGCCGAGGUGUUGCGCCAGGCUAAAGCCAAUUUUGAAAAAGAAGAACGGCGUAAAGAACUUAAGCGACUCCGGGGUGAGGAUACCUGGAUGCUACCUGAUGUGAAUGAGCGAAUUGAACAAUUCUCACAGGAACAUUCUGUGAAGAAAACGAAGAAAAAAGACAAGCAUUCAAAGAAAGAGAAGAAAAAAAAGAGCAAGAAACAGAAAUAUGAAAAAAACAAUGAUUCAUCUGAUAGUUCAUCAAGCUCUGAAGAUGAGUGGGUUGAGGCUGUUCCAUCCCAGACUCCUGGCAAGGGAAAGGCCUGGAAAGUGAAAGAUGAAAAGUCUGAAAAAGAAGAUGACAAUCAAGUUAUUCAGAGGGAUGAGUGGAUGACUGUUGAUUUUAUGUCUGUUAAAACUGUGUCAUCAUCAUCACUCAAAGCUGAAAAGGAAACUAUAAGGAAAAUAGAACAAGAGAAAACCCAAGCACUUGAACAGUCCAAACUGCUGGAAAGAGAAUUGAAUCCAUUCUGGAAGGAUGGUGGGACAGGUCUUCCACCAGAAGACUGUAGUGUAUCAUCACUUAUUAAAGUUUCAGUAGUAGAAGACGGUGGAUUAAGUUGGCUAAGGAAAUCUUAUCAACGAAUGAAGGAACAAGCUGAGAAACAAAAUAGAAAUUUUGAGGAUGUUGUAGCUGAAAGAUAUGGGUCAAUGGAAGUAUUUCAGUUGAAAUUAGAAGAAGCUGAAAAAACUGCUUCCACAAAAGAGGAUCAUAGACGAGAACGGUGGAGGAAACCAACAUAUUCAGAUAAAGCACAAAGUAGUCAAGAAAAUAGAAAAUCAGACUUAGUAAAAUAUCAAGAAAGUUCAAGGGAUAGAUAUGCUACAACAGAUAUUGCAAACAAUAGCAAUAAAGAUAAGUUUACUGGUGAUGAAAAAGAUAAAAGAUCUGGGUCUUUAGAAAGACAUGGAAGAGAAUCCAAUCCAAGGCAAAAUCAAGAGCUUUCUUCUCCAGGUGAUUUGAGACAUAAAUUCUUAAGACCCUCUGAUGAUGAAGAACUGUCAUUUCGCAGCAAGGGCAGAAAUUUUCAACCAUCUAGUUUACCUUCAGCAUUGGUAGCUCAGGGUUCUUUGCGUUGUGGUUUUCGAAAACCCACUGAGAACCGUGAAGAGAGUUUAACAUCAUGGAGUCAAUCUAAUGGGAGAGAAGGAGACAAGAAACAUUCAAAUCAAAAGCCACUGGAAACCAGUAGCAGUGUUGAACACCAACAUAUUCCAGAGGACAUGAGAGAAAAAUCAGAAGAUGAAAGCCUGAGAAGUGACACAAAGUCUACAUUUGCUGGUAGUCCAGAGGAUGAGUCCAUCCACAUCCUGAGUGUUGAUGAGAAGAACAAGUUGGGAGCCAAGAUUAUCAAGGCAGAGAUGAUGGGGAAUAUGGAAUUAGCUGAACAACUUAAAGCUCAACUUGAAAAGGCAAAUAAAUUCAAAGAAACUGUGACACAGAUAUCAUCAAAAAAAUCUGGGGUAGAG